AGUAGCCUAUCUAUUGCCACCAUCACUCCACUUCUCUUUUGAGUUUCUCUGUCUGUGUUUUUGUAUUUUUCUCGCUUGGCAAUGAAGCAUCCUAUGCGCCUCUUCUCGACUGUUUUCCUCCUCCUCCUGCUGCUUGUGGCCACUGAGAUGGGGGCAAAGGUGGCGGAGGCAAGGACCUGCGAAUCUCAGAGCCAUAAGUUCAAAGGGACAUGUUUGAGCACUACAAACUGCGCCAACAUUUGCAAAACAGAAGGAUUUCAUGGCGGUCGCUGCCGAGGGUUUCGACGUCGCUGCUUUUGCACUAAGCACUGUUAGUGGGGGGUGAUCUGUUUUAUCAUCUGAUCGGAUCAGAGUGCAGGAGAGGAGAAUCAUGAGUUAUCCUCUUCAGUAUUAAUCUUAUACUAGAGUUCUUUCUUCUUCUCUUUUUAUGAUUCAGUUCAGAAUAAUGUCCGUCUUUGUCUGAUGGUAUCUUGUGUGUAAUCUUCUUGUUAGUGUCUGCAUAGAUCUGCUGUUCCUGAAUGUAGUUCCGAGUAUGCUGUGAUCCCUUGUGUUUCCCCAUGUAUUCCUUGUCAGUUUCAGUCUCUUUUAAGACAUGCUUACUCUCUUUUGGCCCUUUAAUAUAUUUGUUCCAGUUAUGUGCU